UUGUGUUUCUCUCUCUCUUACCUUCUCCUCAGCAGUAAUUCGAAACAUCCAAAAAAAGGGUUUCUUUGGCGUCUCCGAGCUCCUUCUCUCUCUCCAACUCUUCCUUUUCUCGCCGAUCAUCCAUGGCUGCCAAGUCCGAUAUCGAUUCUCGCAGCGUCCAGAUCUCCAAAGAUGUGCAUGGAUCUGACAAUCCUAUUCCGCUUUCACCACAGUGGCUUCUUCCGAAGCCAGGGGAGAACAAGCCUGGAAAUGUAACUGGGGAGAACGAUUUUAUCCCAUAUCCAGGUUAUGCAAGUCGUUCAGAUGCGAUGAAGUCAUCGGGAAACGGUGAGGACAUGCAUGAAACCCCGAAGAAAAAGGAUGUGUUCAGGCCAACUGUGCUUGAUAUGGAUUCUGGUCGCCGUGAUCGCUGGCGUGAUGAGGAAAGAGACACCAAUUUGGCUGUUCGAAGGGAUCGUUGGAGGGAGGGAGAUAAAGAGCUUGGCGACUCCCGUAAGGUGGACCGAUGGGUGGACAACUCUUCUGCAAGGAACUUCGGAGAAACACGUCGUACUGUACCUGAGCGGUGGACUGAUUUGAGUAACAAGGAAACUAAUUAUGAUCAACGUCGUGAGAGCAAAUGGAACACACGCUGGGGGCCUGACAAUAAGGAGACAGAUAGUUUGCGUGAUAAGCGGAUAGACUCAAACAGAGACGCUGACAUGCCUCUUGAUAAAGGGUUGUCUCAACUUACUCAGCAUGCGAAGGAUGAGAAGGAAGGAGAUCAUUAUCGGCCAUGGAGACCUAAUUCUCAUAAUCGGGGACCUCCCCAUCACCAAACUCCAAAACCAAACAAACAGGGCUCUACAUUUUUGCAUAGCCGAGGACGUGGGGAUAAUGCUCUACAAACCUUGUCGCAUGGUCGGGAAAGGGUUGGCCCCAGUGGAAGCUCUUUGAACAGUGCUCAUAUUCAUUCUCAGUCUUUUGUAACUGUCUCAGAAAAAGGUGAAAUUGGCCAUGGAGAGCCUUCCCCUUUAAGAUAUAGCAGGACAAAAAUGCUUGAUGUGUACAGGAUGACCGAUAUGAGGUCAUGCCGGAAAAUAUUAGAUGGGGUUGUACCAGUGCCUUCCCUUACACUGGAAGAACCAGUAGAGCCUCUAGCAUUUUAUGCACCUACCCCUGAUGAAUUGGUUAUUUGGAAGGGAAUGGACAAAGGGGAUAUUGUAAGUAGUGGUGCACCUCAGAUUUUUAAAGAGGGAUCCAUUGGAAGAAACUCAAAUGAUCUUGGACAAGCAAGACAAGCCAAGUUUGGUAGUAGAGAAGAUUUUUUACUUGCUGGUGAUGAUCAUGAAGGUGACAAUGUUGGUGGUUUGUCCUAUGAGAAACGAAUGCAGUCUUCUGGGCCAGACGCAAAUAUGGAAACCUUUCAGGAUCAACAGAAGUACUCUCAUAAUAAAUUAAAUCCUGAAGCCUUGAGAGAAGAUGGUGCUCGUUAUUGGACUGAUGAGGUGGCUAUCAAUAAAGAGUCAAGUGUGCAGGGAAAUUCUUCUGUUCAUCCUGGCACAGCAUGGCGAUCCUCAUCAAUUGGAGAACAACGUACAGAUCCAACCUCUCAUGAUUGGAGAGCGACUCCAACUGGUUUCAGGUCAAGAACUUCUGAUAUUGGUUGGUCACAAUCACAGAAAGAUCUGAACAAUGAAUGGGGAAGUGGUUUGGCUGACCUUUCUUACUCCAAAGAUGAAUCUAAAGGGGAGGUUGGCAAGGAUUCGAUUAUUAGGAGGCAGCCGUCUGCAGUCUUGGACAGGGAACAGGAACCUGGGAAACUUUCACAGCCUUCUCCGGAAGACAUUCUGCUUUACUAUAAAGAUCCACAGGGUGAAAUCCAAGGUCCUUUUUCUGGGAGUGAUAUUAUUGGGUGGUUUGAGAUUGGAUAUUUUGGUAUAGAUUUACAAGUUCGUCAUGCAAAUGCACCGCAUGACUCAGCAUUUUCAUUACUUGGUGAUGUUAUGCCACACUUGCGAGCAAAAGCCCGACCUCCACCUGGAUUUAGUGCACCAAAACAGAAUGAAGUUGUGGAUGGAUCUGGUAGGUCAAACUUCAGUGCCGUUGGAAAGCUUCAUGCAAGUUCAAGUGAGAUUGAUAUGACUAAGGCUGAACAAAGAUAUAAACUUAGUUCAACAACGGAUGCUGAAAAUAGGUUUUUGGAGUCCCUGAUGUCUAGUAAUAUGAGUGCUUCUCCACUUGAAAAGCUUACUUUCUCUGAAGGUAUGCAGGGAUAUAUUGGAAACAAUACGAGUGGUAUGCCUCCCGGAAUGGAAAGUGGAGACAACCUGUACCUCUUGGCCAAGAGAGUGACACUUGAACGACAGAGGUCUCUGUCGAAUACUUAUCCAUAUUGGCAAGGGAGGGAUGCAGCACCAAUGGUUCCUAAUUCGGAUAUUGUCCAGGACUCCACAAAUCCACAUUCAAAACUUCUAUCGUCAAUUGGUGAUAAUCCUCGUCAGCAACCUCAUUCCCAGAAUUUGAUGUCUAUCCUUCAAGGUUUACCUGACAGGUCUACCUCUAGCUUCAAUAAUGGAGUUAGUGGCUGGUCAACUUUCCCGGUCCAGGGUGGCUUGGACCCUCUUCAGGAAAAGCUGGACUUGCAUCAUCGCCAGAAUUUUCUUCCCCAAGCUGCAUUUGGUAUCCAACAGCAGAGGCUACAACCACACCAACCCUCUUUAACAAAUUUACUAGCUCAAGAUAUAGAUAAUUCUUCUAGCAUUUUAACCCCUGAAAAGCUACUCGCUUCUGGUCUUUCUCAAGAUCCACAACUUUUGAGCUUGUUGCAACAACAAUACUUGUUGCAGUUACAUUCCCAGCCACCAAUUCCAUCACAGCAGAUGUUGGUAUUGGAUAAGCUCUUGUUGCUUAAGCAGCAGCAGAAACAGGAAGAGCAGCUACAAUUGUUGCGGCAGCAACAACAAUUGCUCUCUCAGGUGCUGUCCGAUCAUCAUCCUCACCAGCAUUUUGGUGAGCAAUCUUAUGGACAGUUACAGGCUUCUUCAUUGCCAGCAGGGAAUGCUUCUGCUGAGCAUCCUAGGUUUCAGCUGUCACACGAGUUGUUUCAGACAGGCUCACAGAUGCCAGUUCCAAAUUUACAAGAUGAACACGUUUCUAACUUUGUUAGUUUACCUCCUAGUGUUUCCUUGGAUGUCAGUCAUAAUGUCGGUUCUGAAGGCUCUUCUAUACAUUUGCCACACCAAAUGUUUGGGAAUACGGUCCAUGAAAAAAGUUGGGGUUCUGCGCUGAGAGAACAAAUUGAUGACACACAACAAAAUAAUUCUUUGGUCACAUCAGCCACCAUUGAUAGCUUACCCCAAUCCGAGGUGGUUCACAUACAUCCACAGGAGCAGAUAUCUGAAAACAUUUUGAGAACUAAUGAUCCCGUCACAGUUAAAACCUCUGACGCUGCUGUGGAGUUUGUGCCUUCAGAACUUCCGGAAAAAUCUGCUUCAGUAGAAUCAAUGGGGAAUUAUGAGAAUGACAUUUCAUUGCCUGAGGAAGUAAAUGAACUGAUGGUUCCGCUUACAGGUGCUCUUGAGGAAGCACUUGUUGAAGGAGAACAAUGCAAUGAAGAGACAUCCAUGGUGAAAGAACUGAAAACUGUAGAAGCUCCUGAAGUAAAGAAAACUUCUGAGAAGAAAUCCAGAAAGCAGAGGUCUUCCAAGGCACAAUCCUCCAACCAGUUGAAAGGAGUUCCUAAAACAUCCUCUUUGCAACAAUCAAAGUCAUCUGAAACUGAAGUUUCUAAUGUUGCUGGUAUGAAGAAUGAGACACAGAUUGCCCCAGGAGAAAUAGUUCAUGCACUGUCUCCACAACGAACUAAGGAUAGCAAAUCUGAAGUCGUUAUGGUUGAAAUUGUGGAUGAUCAGCAAGUUAAAAGCUCAUUGUCCACAGGUGCAUCCGGAGAUGGUAGUGAAUCUGUGGAUGCAAAGGGUGAUUCCAGACUGGUUGGCCCUGCGUCACAGCUUAACACACAAGUACAUACUGGACAGCGAGCUUGGAAGCCUGCCCCUGGUUUCAAGCCAAAGUCACUAUUGGAAAUUCAACAGGAAGAACAGAGAAAGGCACAAACAGAAAUUGCCAUUUCAGAGAUCCCAAUGUCAGUAAACUCCGUUAGUUUCUCGACUCCUUGGGCUGGGGUUGUGGCCAAUUCAGAUCAUAAAACAGAUGCAGGUAGCAGUGAGUCAAAUUUGGGGAAAUCUGAGAUUUCUAUAAACCAAAAGAGCAAGAAGAGCCAAUUACAUGAUCUUUUGGCAGAAGUUUCGGCAAAGUCUAACGAAAGAGAUAUGGAGGUUCCAGUCAGUAGUUCCCUACCAGUUAUGAGUGCCCAACUGGAUUCAGUUGAUGAUGACAACUUUAUUGAGGCGAAAGACACUAGAAAGAAUCGCAAAAAGUCUGCAAAAGCCAAGGGGAUUGGAGCUAAGGUCUCAUUGCCAAUUGCUUCGGUUGAUCUCUCUGUUGGUUCAAGUCCCAAUGAGAAAGGCAAGGGUGCUAGGCAGGUGCAGCAGGAGAAGGAAGUGUUACCUGCAGUCCCUUCUGGUCCUUCUUUAGGAGAUUUUGUUCUCUGGAAGGGGGAGCCUGAGUAUCCCACCCCUGCCCCAGCAUGGUCCACCGACUCUGGGAACCUUCCAAGGCCCACAUCGUUGAGGGAUAUCCUAAGGGAACAAGGAAAAAAGGUUACUUCUGCCCAACACCAAAACUUAAUUCCUACUCCUCAGAAGUCCCAGCCAACUCAGCUCACCCGUGGAAGUGGUCCUUCUCGAUCUCUUUCUGCAUCAUCUCCAGUCAAGGAUGUGUCUCCUAUCCAGCUUGUUUCCCAUGCUUCUGCUCAAUUGAAACAUAAAGGAGAUGAUGAUCUAUUCUGGGGUCCGUUGGAUCAAACAAAGCAAGAAGUGAAGCAGUUGAACUUUCCUCAUCUUGCAAGUCAGGACAGUUGGGGAACCAAAAACACCCCUGUGAAAGGGACAGGAUCAUUGCAGAAAUCUCUUUCAUCAUCACCUGCCCCUGCUCAGUCAUCCUUGAAAGGGAAAAAGAAUGCCAUGACUAAGAACUCAGAGGCCAUGGAUUUCAGAGAUUGGUGCGAGAGCGAGUCCGUCAGGCUUAUCGGGACAAAAGAUACAAGUUUCCUGGAGUUCUGUUUGAAGCAAUCCAGAUCGGAGGCUGAGAUACUACUGGUAGAGAACCUGGGCGCAUAUGAUCGUGACCACAAGUUCAUUGACAAGUUCCUCAACUACAAGGAGUUGUUACCUGCAGAUGUCCUGGAAAUUGCCUUCCAAAGUCGGAAUGAUCGCAAGGCCACUGGAUCAGGUGCCAGAGAUAUGAAUUCUGACAAUGCUGGUGUCAGGGAUUCUGACCAAGGUAAUGCAAUGGGACCUGAUGGGCCCAAAGGGGGAGGAGGGAAGAAAAAGGGAAAGAAAGUGAAGAAGGUGAGUCCUUCAGUUCUGGGAUUUAAUGUUGUUAGCAACCGGAUCAUGAUGGGUGAAAUUCAGACUGUGGAAGAUUAGGAAGGUUUCGAAGGUACUUGUAAAUACAUUUUGUCUAAAGAACUCUGUAAAUUGUUUUUACUUUGGUUUUGUUUUCCAUCAGAGUCAUCAGCAGUGGCACUAAGUUAAUCUGCUCGAGCAAUUUUGUGAAGUAACAUUUGAACAUUAGAGCCCUUGUUAUUUUGGUUCUAGAAUUUUUGAGUUCAAUCUGAAAUCAAUUUAAGCUCUCUUUACUUCUUGUUA